UGAAAGAGAUAGUAAAGUUUAUUCGUGUCUGUCGUUUCUGUUUAGAUAAUUCAGUUAUCCUAAUGAUGUUCAAAACCAAAACAUUUAAUCAUGAAAACAUCGAUGUAUGCUCUGGUUAGAAAUACAAAGUGUUUAUGAUGUACCUCUUAAAUUUCAGGAGUUUUUACUAAAUAUCCUGUAUAUAAUCGGGAUUUUACAUUACUACAGACAUUGAAGAUGGAUUUUUUACAAGUUUAGGAAAAUAAGACCAUUUUAAAAAUACGCUGUAAGAGGUUAAAGUAAAAGUUUUCCACAAGCAAAUUUCCAACUCCUGCAAGAUGUGUAAAUAACAAAGCUUAUUACAAUCAUCGUGUAAUUUGUCAUGAUGCACGACAUUCACAACUUUGCAGAAUAUCUUAGGGAUGGUUUAUAGAUAUCCUUCUUUGCUCUUCACAGUUUUAAGGAUUUGGUAGCUAUGACUACUAGACUAAGCAGUAAAUUACAAAUUUUGUGGGAAUUUUUUAUUCAUGCUGAACCAGGAAGUGACGAGAAAUCAUCUUGGUUGAAUGUUUUUCUUGCUGAACUGCUGAUUGAAGUGGAAAAUGGAACUGAUAUUAAGUACUUAAUAUCAGGCUUUUCUAUUGGAAUAAAUGGAGUUUCUACGCUAAUUGCUUGUGAGUUACUGUCAGAUGUACAUUCCAUAUGUACAUCUAGAGGAAAUGAAAAUGAAAUAGUAGCACUACGAGAAUAUCUAGUGCACAAUCGUGGCUGGAAAUGUCUCACAGUCCUCAAGUUGCUUGGGGUCCAAGGCAUAUCGUGUGGUCAAGAGUUAAUGACCUUACUUCUUGCACUCUACCCAGUUACUUUUCAGAACACGACCGAUUUUGUUUCCCCUAAUCCGUAUGUAAAGUUUUCUUCCGACAGUGAAAUUGAUUCGAUUAACUUUAUCUGUCAUGUUAUGAAGCAGAAUACCAAAAUUAAACACAGUUCGAACAGUAAUGCCUCGCGACGAAAACGAAUUAGGAAAUACAAUGUUGACAGUGUGAAGCAGAGUCAAUUGAGGAAGUGCCCCUACGACACAAAAGAUUCUCGUAGAAAGGUCAACAGCGAAUCAGAGGAGUUCUCCGAUGGCAAUAGUGAAACAAAUUCCUCAGCUCUGAAUGUCCAACUGAAGUCACUGGAACUUGGUAAUUUAACAACUAUGUUUUUUGGAAAAAAUGAUGAAAAGUGCAAAGCAAACUUUACUUCAGAUACUGAACUAUUUAAAACUUCUGGGAAAGAAACUUAUCAAGAUUUUAUCAACGAGGAAGUAAAAGCAGUCUUUGAUUCUGAAAUCGGCCAUUUCGAAACAAGCCUUUUGAUUCUUCAGCUUCUGGAAGACCUUCGGGAGUACGAAUUUCCUUCGGAAACUACAGCUGUGGUACAGAUAAUUGAAUUCUCUCUAGACAUACUCUGGAGUCUGCAAUUUAAGACUGAUAUGAAUUUGACAAAUCUAGAGUGCGCUAGACUCAAAGCUGCAGCGUCAAGGCUUAUGCUGAUGUUUCUACAACGAAUUCUGAAAUCUGAAGUGCCGAUGGCUGCUAUGAUUAAGAGUGGUUUCAUACCCAUGAAUCUAAGAAUUAUUGAGGACGCUUGUGGAAUUUCAAUUUCAGAUGUCACGUCCGAAGAAAGAUUAUAUUUACAAGAGUUUAUUUUUGCAACAAUUUAUGGAGCUACAUCUAUUCUAUAUGAUACGCUGCAUCAGGCAAAAUUAAUGAAAAACUUUAAGCAUUUUUCAGAAUUUUUUCAUUUAUUUGCGGGAAUCCAAAACGGAAAAUUGAUGCAAAGGGCAAUAAUGUUAUUACUAGACUGCAAUCAAAUUACAUCUGUCACCAGAGUUGGAAAAAUAAUUGAUAUGAUGGGAGCUUUAAUUAGUACUUUAAAAACAGUGAGAAAAGAAUUAAAUUAUGCUGAUAAGGGAAAUGAAAUGACUGAAAAUGCUAAUACUCAUCAUCAUUAUUGUGAUAUUUUUGGACUUCCAUUUCGGAAUGAGCCUUCGUUAAACUCAGAUUCAUCUCAAGUUUGUUACGUUUCAUUUCUGUUGACGACUUUAAUCUCUCUGUUGGCUGAGGCUCAUACAUUUGAAAAAAAUCUUCAAAUUAAACUCUUGAGGGUAAUGACAACUGCUGGAAUCUGUUGCUGUUUCCCACCAAUAACGUUUCUUCACAAUGUCAUAGGAUUCCUGAAGAAGUCAAACAGCCAAACUUACAAUCUUGCCGCAGCACUUUUAGAACAUGUUCUUUUUAAGGAACUUGGAGAUAAUUCCAUUUCAUUGGAAAAUUGUGACGUGUGUAACAAAUUAAAGCGUCAUCAAUGGAAGUUUUUGGAACUUUAUAAUGAUAUUUUAUUGCCCGAUGAUCCAAAAUUAUGUUCAGUCAUUAUUGUACAUCUAUUAAAAGUUACUCCUGCUUCUGGUUUUCAAGUGAAGGAAACCUUGCUUUUUAAAGUAUUUUACUCAACUUUUUCAAGAGCAAUAGAAUAUUUGGAACAAGAUGAAAGCAAUGCAAUGGUUAAAUUUCUUAUACACGCUUGUUUAUUCAUAAUUGCAAGUCUAAUUACAAGCUCAUCAUUAUUCGAGAAGUUUAUGGAAAUCGAUGGUUUAAAGGGUCCCAUGAAACUUCUUCGAAAUCCUAAUUUCACUAAAAGUGCUUAUAAUCUGUUGGAAGUUGCUGUUAUAAUGGAAAAUUGUAGAAUGCCUGGUAGUAGUUCGAAAAAUAUUGAAAAUAUGAGCUCUGAAGCACCAGCUCUCGCAGUUUUAUUAAAAUCUCUUGACAGAGAAAGUAGAGGCCUUAUAGCAACUUUGAAAACUGAUGUUAAAGAGGAAACUGUGCAAGAAAAAAAAGAGUCUGAUUUAAUGUACUGUGAUGGUUUGCAGGAAAUUGUAAACAACAUGUUUUCCACAAAUUUGACACGAACGAAUAAUGCGCCUGAUUUUGAAAGUAUUUUCGUGGAAGGGCUAUCAGAAAAAGAAUUAAAUGUAUUAGAAACGAGAGAUACGCAUAGAAACGUUAAAUUCGACCAAGUUAAUGUUGCAUGGCGAACUGCUGCUAAUAUUACUUUGUCUUGCUCAAGAUUUCAGGCAGAACUCUUGAAUCAUCCAGUUGCCAAGACGAUGGAAGAAUUAUUUAAAUUAUUGUCAGUUCUCGUUGCAACGAACAAAAUUACAGAUAACAAAAAUUCGGUGCAGAGGUUGUUGGAAGCCCUAAUUACUUGUAAUUCAAUAUCUGUGUUGUGUAGUAGUAGCAGUACUGCCAAGGAGAUUGAACUCAGAAAGGCUCUCAUGGAUCCAAGGAUUAAGUUGGGAGGAGGACUUGUGUUAUUGGUUGAGUCUCUUCUUCGAGUAUCUGUACUGAAGCGCAAUCAGGAUAAAGAAGUUUCACAACUGAAACGACCAAUAUUACCCACUUUCAUUUCUGAUGUAACAACAGAUUGUGGAACCGAUGAUAGUAGUAAUGAUGAAUACAUAACAGGGGAUGAUGGUUACGAGGCAGACGUCGAAAUUCUUGUAAAUAAUUCGCAUGAAAACUCACACAAAGGAAUGUCUGAUCCAGUGACUUCUCUACGAGAACACAUAGAGACUCAUCCUGCACUGUGUUCUCUUGCUCUUGAUCUUCUCAUUCAUUUUAGUAAGCAGGGCACAGAUGCUGAAAGAGAACAUAUUGUAACCAUCGGUUUAAGAAGAAUAGCUUCUACCUGCAGGGAAAGUGUCUCAAUAUGUGCUGCUCUCUCUAACAACGGAGCGAUUUCGAGACUGCUUGAUGGAUUCAAUCAUGUCUUGGAAAGUACAGAACCUCAACGAAAAGACCUUCAACAUGCUGUUCUGGAAGUGUUUACUCUACUUGCAAUUCAAUCCAUUUCUCCAUCAGAAUUAAUUAGCUACUUGGCAUUUUUCAAAAUUCCUGAACCACCUCUUUUGUCCCUUCUGGAGCCUCUUUACCGGCUUGUUAUGUUAACUAAACCUCAACCCAACUACAUUCUUUCCUUUCCAAUUCCAAUGCAGUCAGAAAUACCUACUAAAAAUAACAAUGGAGACAACGUAAAAGCCAACAAAGAUGUAAGCACUUUCAGUGACUUUCGAAAAAGACAUCACUUAUCAGAGAUGUGCAGUUUGUCAUCAACUCAUGCGGUAUGUUUGACAGUGGUACCAGAACUUUCUUGGACAGUGUGGUUACAUGGAGGAUCAGCUUCAAUGUGGUUGAGAGUCGAAAGGAGCCAUUCAUCUAAUUACAGAAGUUACAGCCCAAACUCUAAUUCAGUGAUUAGCCACGACAGUGAAAACUUGCACAACUGGGGAGUCGUGAUCGACAAUUGGAGUCAAGAGGUCGUGAAAAGUAAUUCAUAUUUUCCAACAUCGAAAUCAAUUGUGCAUUUAAUGUCUGUUUGUCUAAAAUCUCUCGCUCUUGAAUUGUGGACAGACCUUAAAGCUGACAAACUCAUUCUACGACUUACCCGACCAGAGGGUAAAACGAAUCGUACCCUUUCUGAGACGUCGCUUAGUGGACUUCUACCGUCCGGCAAAUGGCACCAUUUAGCUUUGAAUUUUAAAUACACCGUGCUGAGUAAACAUGACGCAAUAGUAGAGGUAGUGUUAUGGGUGGACGGUUGGAAAGAGGCUACAGCUCAGUUGCCUUUCGAUGGUCUUCUCCUGAGGAAACCCGAAACAACUUGCAUAUUUCUUGGACAAGUUGGACACAACGAAUAUGGCGCCUGGUAUCUCGGAAAUUUAUUCAUGUUUCGAAGUCCAAUUUUCACUCGAAAGAAAGCUCUAUAUCUUGCCAGUCUCGGUCCUAACUAUACAAAUUUGUCCGAGUGCACUUUAAGCAAGGAGAGACCAAACUUCUCACCUCUCAUAACAUCUGUAGCACUAAAUGGCGUUCAAGAACUCAAAUUCGAAAGUGGAAAAUUUGAUACAAGUCGUAGAAAAUCAUACGGAGGAACGUAUUUACGACAAACACUAGAAACAAAGAGUAUUGAUAAGACGAUUGAUUGGGACUUUGUAACUCACGCUACAAAUACUCAGCUGAGAGAUUUACAGGAUAAUUUGCUCCUCAGUUACGAAGCUCAAAAUCCAUUAGUUGUCCAUUUGUAUCCUCAAGCUCUCACCAGUCCGGAAGCAAUAGUGCGAAAUAUUUUACCAGGACAAUCUGCUUUCCGAGUUAAUAUAGCGCCAGAGCAUCGUGUUUCUCAACAACCGCCCCUUUCAAUAUCUUCAAAUGUCUUUACUCACUUGGAAAGCAAACAAUGCAAGGGCUUGAUUCCUGCGGUUCAGCAAAUCGGCGGAGUUUCCAUCUUUCUCUUCUUAUUUGCUCGGGUCAUAGAACUUCGCUCCAGUGAAGUUGAUCAGGCUUUGGCACUUUCGAUUGUUUUAAAUCUUGCGCACAGCGAUUCGGUUUUACUGAAUCAGUAUCGGUCUGAUGGAAUACCAUCGCUUCUUCUUCAAGUUCUCGAAUCGAAGCGUUGUUGCGUUGGAAGGCAUAUAUUGAAAGCCAUUCUGGACUCCGCCUGUGAUAGUUCUUUAUUUGUCAAAGACAUAAGAAACGAAAUACAUCUGAUUUGUCACGAUUGCAGUACACUAAUUACAGAUCCAGAACUGAUUAAAUAUGCUUUAGAAGCUUGGAGAAUUUGGUUAAAGCAUGAUACUCUCAAUUUACUUUUGCAGUCUCUGCUUCUCUUACUAAGAGAUCAGCAUUCUCUAAGGGAGUUCAAUGCUUUCCAACUUAAUAGAAUUCACUUUGUUGAUACGAUUUUAACUUUAUGCAAAGAAUACUUUUUGUAUGAAAACAUUGAGUUAUUGGAUCCUACCGCUGGGAAUACUAUUGUAGAAUUAAUUCGCUCAUUAAUGGGCUCUCCGCCAAAGUUUUCUCAUCUUGUCGCCAUCACAGACUAUUUGCUCCUUGUCCACACGGCAUCAAAUACUUAUGUUACACAUUCAAAAUACAAUAUGUAUUUCUUAUUGCCUGCGUUUGAAAAAAUUACAACUCAUAUGACAAAGUCUCUGACUUCCUCGAACGAGCUAGUGUCGACAAAGAGCAGUAAACUUGAUAAAGCUGACACGAACAACCAAAUAAAGAAGGGGAAGACAAGAAAAAAAGAAAAGCAAAGGGAACCACCGCACGAAACGAAUACGGGGGAAGAUUCUGGCAUUGCGGCCAGUGAUUGUUCAAAUCAAAAUGAGGAUGAAAAAGUCUAUACGGACAAACGAAAAGCGUGCAUGGGAUUAGUCUGCGAAGGUUUACUCUUGUUGCUCAGAGAUGCCUUGAGAGUUUUGCCUGACAGUCAGGUUGAGUCAGUACUCAAACACGUGCUGCGUGCUGAGCUGAUUCUUGUUUUGUCGAACAACGAUAAUGCGCGAAUCCGGACUGCAUUAAUUAAAGUGAUACAGACUUAUGUGGAGCGAGCAAGUGAUGAGGAUAUUAAUAAGUUAAUUAAACAAAGGUACUUUAUGCACCUUGCUAAUCAAAUUUCUCUUUAUCCUGGAAGCGAACCGUUAAUAGUCGCUCUCGCAAAUCUAGCACUGAAGGGUCCCAGUUUUUGUGCUACACCACCUUUACUGGCGAUGAUUUCGAAGACAGCAGCGAAGGACCCGAAUCUUGCGCAACCUAUAAUUAGCUUCUUGACAGACAUUAUCGCCAAGAAUCCUCAUUCCCUAAAAAUAAUGUUAGAACAGGGUUUAAAGGAGUCACUAGUUCGAUCGCUGAUACACUCUGCCCAUAAGGGGAAUUCAUCAACUCUUUCGCGAGACAUUAAUGUAUUAUUUGUAACGAUUGCAAAGCAAUUUCUAGAAUCUCCAGGAUAUCAUAAUAUGCAGGCACUUUUGGAUUUACAUUUAGUUCUGAGUUACGGAGAGUUGCAAGAAAAAAUGAAUUGUGGAAAGGAAAAAUUGUGUGUUUCUGUUAUCAGGAGCGCUCAGGUUGCUCUCUUUGAUGGAGAACUGGACGCUUUAACUUUAAAAGUUUUAAGCGAAUCAGGUUUCAGAUUGAAAAACACAGCAUCAUAUUUAGCGUCUACUUCUUAUUUAACAUCAGUUCUGACAACUUCUGGUGAGCAGCUUGACAAGGGUCUGCAAUCUUCUAGCAACGAAAGCCUAACGGAAACAUUUACUUCAGUUUCGCGGGAACUUGCGAAGGGAGAACUAAAUGAAAGAUUUCGCAUGGUUUUGAAUAAAGCUGUUGAUUUCGUUACAUCAGCUGAUGGUGAAACAUCUGAAGAAGAAUUGCAAUUAUCAAAAAGGCUGUUUUCAACUCUCCUUCACGGUUUAUCUGAUCCGUUAGGGAAAAAAAGUCUGUGGGGUGGAACCUGGUCGUCGAGGCCCACUUUACGCAAAAUCUCGUCAGAAAUAUUGAUUUGGUUAUUAGCGCCGCAUCAGAACAUUUGUACUAGAAUUUAUGCUGUCAGAAUUCUGAUGGAUGAACCGAGAGUGAAGGAAGUUUUAACUUCUCUCCUGGAUAUUCAUCCUCAAGUUGAGCAGAAGUUUAUUAUCUUUUUGUGGGAUUUAUGUCGAAGAGAGAUGUCAAGUGCAGAUGCUUUAAUUUGUACUGAGCUGCGAAACGCUCUGAACGUUUGGGGCUUGAUAAAAUGUUUAGAUAUGGAUGGGUCGGCUCUUUGGUUGGAGGAAUUAAAUCUUUUGAGGCAAGAAUUAGUUAAAGACCGGAACAUUUGGAUGGAGAAUAAUUUUCCAAAGAUGAAGAAAAUCAGUCAACAAUUUGAUGUGAUUGCAAAACAACUGAUAGAAAGUGCCAUGUCUAUAACCGUAUCAAUUGUGGAAGAACAGAACCGAGAAAGAAAAAUAUUAAUAGAAAAUUUGAAAAACUCAAAGGCUAUGAAGGCGCAGACAUUGUCUAGAUGGAGGAAACUGAUAAAACUGUUAACCCACGAACGAGCGCCUUGGUAUUUCAAAGAUGGUUACCCCAUGCACUGGGAACUUGAUCCUACGGAAGGGCCUUCCAGAGUACGGACGAGACUUCAAAGAUGUCAUUUAGGUAUAGAUGGCAAAUUCUUCAUGUUUGAUCGACAAAAGAAUUCAAAUGCAGAGAGGUUAGAUGGUCCACUAUCUUAUUUAUUCGAUUCAAAUCAACAAGACGCGACUAUUACUGCUUUGAUUGAGAGACUCCAUACUAAUGAAAGAAUUAACAAAAUGUCUCCGGUGAGUAUUGUCAUGCCGCACGCAGAACUGGCAGGAGAAAUUCUGAUCGCUGAAACUCGUUUAUAUUUCAUUCCCGAUACGUCCGACGCGACAAUACAAAUAGACAUAACUUUGGGAGGAACAGAUCUCACAACAGGGGGAGCCACAGCGUGGAGACUGGACAGCAUACUUGAAUUUCAUCGGAGGCGAUAUCAGUUGCAAGAGAGGGCCAUAGAGAUAUUUCUUGUGACGGGAAGAACUUAUCUGCUGGCUUUCAAUUCUUCAAAAGACAGGGAAGAGUUUAUCGCAGAGUUAUCCACGUGCAAUCUCUCCAAGCGAAUACCAGGAGACAAUUUGGAGGAAAAUUUAGCUCUCUGGCGAAGUGGGAGCCUAACAAACUGGGAUUACAUAACGUGUUUAAAUAAAUUGGCUGGAAGAUCUUAUAACGAUUUGAUGCAAUAUCCCGUUUUUCCUUUCGUGUUGUCAGACUACACCAGUGAGAAUAUCGAUCUGAGUAACUGGAAAAUCUAUCGGAACUUUAGGAAACCAAUGGCUGUGCAGGAUUCAAAAAAUGAGCAGCAUUAUAUUAAUAAUUACAAUUAUUUGAAGCAAGCCGCGAAUGAAGGUUUAAAUCUCAUCGCACUGAAUCAAGAACCUUUCCACUACGGUUCUCAUUAUAGCAAUUCGGGGACUGUUUUACACUUUCUUGUACGACUUCCACCCUACACCAGCAUGUUCCUUUCAUACCAAGAUGAUAAUUUCGACAUUCCCGAUCGUACGUUUCACGCCCUCGCUACAACAUGGAGACUGACGAGUUGCGAUUCAACGACGGACGUUAAAGAAUUGAUUCCCGAAUUUUUCUAUCUUCCGGAGUUUCUGCUUAAUUCGGAGGGUUUCAAUUUUGGAGUGAGACAGAAUGGAAUUAGAGUCACUGAUGUGGAAUUACCACCGUGGGCUAGAGGCGACGCCAGACUCUUUAUUCUCGUUCACAGAGCUGCUUUAGAGUCUGAUAUUGUGAGGAAAAAUUUGCCAUUUUGGAUCGACUUGGUUUUCGGCUUUAGACAAACUGGAAAGCCAGCGGUAGAGGCGAUUAACGUCUUUCAUCCUGCAACUUACUAUGGAUUCAAUGUCGAAGAAAUUACCGAUCCUUUAGAGCGUCAAGCUUGGGAAACUAUGGUUAGGACUUAUGGUCAAACACCUGCUCAAUUAUUUAGAACUGCUCAUCCUCAACAGACCUCACACAUUUCGACUUCUCUGCAACUAAACAGUCUUCCUCCCGUUGUAGAUGGCAUCAGUGGAAUUAAAUGGGGUAAUUACGUGGGUGCACCUGGAAAUGACCCUGUACUGUGCUGGAAACACAAACAUAGGCUCUUAUUGGCUUCACUAAUUCCAUUGUUAACGGGUGACGUUUUUGGAUUACCUCAUCAUACUACUCUCCUAUUGGGAUACAACAAGGAAAAAGGAGCAAAUACUUCAGCAAACAUUUUGGCGUUGGGAGCAGGCUUGGUUUCCUGGAAAGGCAAUGAUGGUAUUGCGAGACUGAAGUUUAAGAAGGACCAAGCGCCAAAGCCCUUAAUUAAAUAUUCUGGUCUUGAUCCUAUCACAGUCAUGAAAUCUAUACCUGAUUCCGGACAACUUUGGACUGGUUAUUAUUCCGGAAGAAUCGAGAUAUACUCUUUCAUCUUUACUUCUAACGGAAAUAUAAAUUUUAAAGACGUCGUACCUGAGAUUUUAUUAGCACACAGAAAUUCCGUUACAGUUAUUUCUCUAAACAGAGCUUUCAACAUAGGAAUAUCAGGCGACGCUGACGGGAUUAUCGUUACUUGGGAUUUGAAUAGCUUUACAUACAUCCGAUCAAUUACAUGCAGUGCAGGACACCCCAUUUCCUUGAUUUCGAUAAGCGAAACGCUUGGUGACUUUGCAGUUUCUUAUAAUAUAUCCAGAGACACAGAGAAGGACUCCUCAAAUAAAUCAGUGUUGAAAGUAUAUACCAUUAACGCUCGAAAUGUGGGAACUAUAAAGUCUCAGGUUAAAAUAAGUGCAUUGUCUUAUAGUAAUGCACCUGAAGGUAUCUCUGUUAAUGUUAUAGCUACAGGAUUGGAGAAUGGGAUUAUCAGAUUCUGGAGCAGUUGGGACUUGAAACUGGUCCGAGAAAUAAUUAAUGAUUCAAAAUAUUGUGGAGCAAUUGUGGCAAUCGUGUGGGCUUUGGAACAACAACAUUUAUAUGCCGUCACAGAUAAUUCGACAAUAUUAAUUUGGGAAGGAACAAGAAAGAUAAACAGUGGAACGUCGAAAUUUGUAAAUUUUAAGUCAUUAUAAAUUAAGGAAAGCGUUUUGUAAAUAAUAAUUUAUCAUUUAAGAGUUUUGCAGAAUUAUAGCCAGUGAACAAUUAAUUAUUAUCUGAAAUAGUAGGGCAGGACAGGGCAAAGUGGCGAAAUGCAAAGCGAAAUGCACUGUUUUCAGAAACGAUAACAUUUCAUUAAAGUUAACCGUUAUAUGUAGUUUUAUAACAAUUAUUAAGACUUUAUUAACUCAGGCGCUUCAGAAUAAGUAUUGUCUUUUCGACCAUUGAGCAUUUAGUUUUUUGUGCUCGCAAAAAAUUAAAUUUUUCUGCAUAUUUUUUAUUUCUUUCAAUUAAAGGUAAGUUCCUCGUUUAAAUAAUGUACAGUAUUUUUGUGAACAAUAAAUAUGUUUCAACUUUUUAGUCUAAGAAUAAAGAUGUAAUAUUUUCAACUAAGAAAUAUAUCUCUGUUAAAAUUUUUAGAAACUGAUAAUUCAAAAA